AUGCCUCGAGAGAAAUCGGAGGAGGCCCAGUGGUGGUACGAAGCUGUAUACUCAGCCAUCCAGCAGAUUCCCCAUGGCAAAGUCACCAGCUACGGACACAUUGCCCUGCUCCUCGACUUCCCCAAACGUGCAAGACAGGUUGGCGUAUGUCUCAAACACCUCCCCACGUUCGAUCGUGCCAAUCCAGACCAAUACUUCUUCCACGAUCAGAAUGUCCCCUGGCAGAGGGUUGUGAAUUCCAAGGGCGGCAUCAGCCCGCGCGGCGAUGAUGGAGCUGCGGCAAAUAGACAGGCAGAAAAAUUGCGUGCGGAGGGUGUGGAAGUCAAUCUAGCCAGGGGCAUUGAGGAAAUGACGGUCGAUUUUGGGAAAUAUGGUUGGUUUCCGACAAGACUCCCAGAUGAAGAGAGCGAUGAUGAUAUGCAGAGCCGGUAG